CCGCUGUUACAAAAAGGUGCAGGUUUCCCGGGGAGUCAAACUCGGGUGAACGGUUGUUUAAGGAGGAUGUGAGAGGCUAAACUUUCGCAGGUUACUGUGAGACUGUCGCUCUGCGGUUAGCAAAAACAGCUACAUGCGGCUAACCGGAAGCAUGAGAGAGAAGAGGGACGGAAGAAUGGUGAAAGGCCCUUGGUGUUUGUCUGAUGGAUGGCGUAAGGAAAGAGGGAUCCACAAGCGGCUCUAGAACCGUCCCAUGGCCAUUUCCCCCUGAUGUCUCCAGCCACCUAUGGAAACAUAAAAACUGCUUCUCCUCAAAUGAGACGGCUUCCCUUCAUCAAAAAAAGAAAGAUAACAUUUACAUGGACAACCGAGAGGCUGUGCUGGACCUGAAGGAUGUCCCCCUGCCACCGCCUCCUCUUCUUCCUCAUUGUCCUUCCACAUCCCAACUAUCCCAGCCCUUUCCUUUGGCGCCUCUCCCUUUGCCUCCUACCUGCUUGCUACCCUCCCUGCAGCUAACGCCAGAUUCUCACCAACGACAUCCGCCAUCAAAACCGCAACAAGAAGGGGCUAGCCCUAAAGUAAGCAUUUGCACCCACUGUGACUACUGCAGCACAGAAGACUAUGGCUUGUUGGGUGGCACAGGUUUUGUUGGUGGCAGUAAUCCUCAGGCAGCACCAAUCAGCAGUAGAUUGGAGCAGUGUUCUGUAGCCCCAUCUACUUAUCGCUGUAACAACCUGAGCCAUGGAGGGGGAAGUCAGGCAUCUGAUCCUUUGUUCACUCUGGAUUGCAAACCUCAAUUGCCCUCUUCCAUGGCUACCUCUCAGUCUCCUUCCUUUCACCCGUACUUCCCCUGCUGCUCAGGACUUCUUCCGCCAUGCUCAGCUUUGCCUCUCCCACACAGUCAGCCCAGCACGUUUCCCUCUGCUUCACCUCUGUCCUCCUCUCCACCUGCUCCUGUGCAAGGCUCCUGCCUGGUUUCCUCUGGCUUUUACACGUGUGGUGUGGACUGCAGCACAUCAACCAGAACCAGAUCCCUAAGAACAACACUCGGUGAUCUCUCAGGCAGCACGACCAUUACCACUUCAACCACCUCAGCACACUUCUGCUCUAAUCCUAUGCUGCAGAAUGUAAAACACGCUGUUUGUCGCAAUGGGGGACACUUCUGCCAGGAGUGCUUGUUAAAGCCAAAGACUGCUCUGACUUCAGAGCCCAAAGUGUGGCCUGACGUUCCUGCACCUCUGACCGCUUCCAUCCCUGUUCCCAUUUGUAACGGCUGUGGCACGUCCUCUGAUGGCCUGAUGCACAUGCCGCCCCUCAACCAUGGCAUGAUUGGCUAUAAAUACGGUUCAGAGAAUAGUGGUCCUGAGAACAUCCCUCCCGUCGGUGUCUUCUGGGACAUUGAAAACUGCAACGUGCCCAGUGGCCGCUCUGCCGAAGCCGUGGUGCAGCAGAUUCGCAGCAGGUUCUUCCAGGGACAUCGAGAAGCCGAGUUCAUCUGUGUCUGCGAUAUCAGCAAGGAGAGUAAAGCGGUCAUCCAAGAGCUCAACAACUGCCAGGUCACCGUCGCUCAUAUCAAUGCCACGGCAAAGAACGCUGCCGACGACAAACUUCGCCAGAGCCUGAGGCGAUUUGCUGAUACCCAUGCUGCACCUGCAACUGUUAUUCUGGUGUCCUCGGAUGUGAAUUUCGCCAGCGAGCUGAGUGACCUGCGUCACCGCCACGGCUUCCAGGUGAUUCUGAUCCACGGCAACCACACGUCUUCGACUCUGCUGCAGCACGCCCACCGCCAUGUUCCCUUUCAGGAAAUCACAGCAGAUCUGCCACAGCGUAUGCCGGUCAAAUCACAGCCCAGUUUCAGCCUCCUCUAUGUGCACAACCUCCCCGUCAUCUGUGACAAGACCCUGCAGAACGCCGUGAGGCUCAGGCUUCGCCGCCUGUCAGACAACUGUGGGGGCAAAGUGCAGAGUUUGUCCCCGGGUGCUGCUGUCCUCCGCUUCGGCAGCCCCGAGGCGGCCGCACGCGCCCGCAAACGAAUGGAGAACGAGGAUGUAUUUGGCUACAGAAUCAACCUCUCUUUCACGCCAAGGCCCAGAGACGAAGUCAGUCCUGAGGCUCCGCUUCAGGCCAGACCCCGCUCCCUCCAAACCAAGGUGUCUGUGCUCGCCCCUUUCCCCUCCAUUUCCUCGUCCUCUUUUCUCCCCGUGGAGAAGCCCAGAUCACCCAGGAGGCCACGGCGAGCCACCCGCCCCUUCCCCACCUCUGCCCUAGUUCCCGAGAGGCCCUACAGCCCCAGGAGGGGGUCCAGUGGGCCUCCGGGCGGCGCUCCAGCCAAACCGCAUCAGGAGACUAACGUGGAUGCAAAGUCCAGGGUGGGCCUGCCCCACUUGGGUGGGGGGCGUGCUGCUUCCUUAUCACCCCAGAGAAAAGAGACGGGAGCCCUGGAGGAUCAGGCAAAGACUGGCCUAUCGGGAGAAUCGAAGCACAAGAAGAGAGAGGGCUCCAGUCCUCGAAGUGUAACCGGAUCGCCAGCAGCGCAGAGGGACCAGAGCUCGGACGAGUUCAAGAUUAGCACACCCUCAGCCUUCAGCAAGCUGAAUCUGAACAGGAGCUUCAGCCCCCUCGUCCCGUCUCAUGGGUCCUGGUCCUCCCGGAGUGGAUCCCCCUGCCUGUCCAGCCGCUCCUCUCCUCUGCUCACGACCGCUCCCAACGCUUUCUCUGAGGGUCCGUCCGAGCCUUUCUCAGAGGGGGCGGAGCUUCAGGUCGCCAACCUUGACUACAGGAUGUCCCGCAAAGAUCUGCAGCAGAUACUGCAUGACGCCUUCUCCCGUCAUGGACAGGUGAAAGCUGUGAAUCUGAGCCCGCACACGGAUUACCAGCUGAAGGCCACGGUUCAGAUGACGUUCCUGCAGCAAGCCAUCAGUGCCGUCAGCGGCCUGCACCGCUACAAGAUUGGAAGUAAACGCAUCCAGGUGUCUCUCAUUACUGGUGGCAACAACAAAUCUCUUUCCUUGCUCAGCACUGAGAUCAUUUGUGUUCUUCAGGAUGCUCCUGCUAAUUGCCUGCCUCUGUUCAAGCUAGCUGAGAUCUAUGAGAAGAAAUACUUGCAUAAACUCGCCAUUGGUGAGCUGUACAAGUUAUCGGACGUGCUCUCGGUGAGGGAACAAGGCGGCUCCAGGCUGGUGUGUCUCCUGCCCAGCAUCCAGAUUCGUCAGAGUCCACUGGGAUCUUCCCAGUCACAGGAGGGUUCGUCCUCUGCAAGCGGGAGUCCUGUUGUGUUUGAGGAACUCGAGUACCACGAGCCUGUUUGCAGACAACAUUAUGCUAAGCAGGACUUCAGCGAGGCAGACUUUGACCCCGAGUCCUAUAAAAUCCCCUUUGUCAUGACGUCGCUGAGUAGUUUGUCCACUGAAGUCCACAGUCUGCUACAGUUGCAUGACGGCACUCUUCCACUGCUAAGUUUUCCAGACUGCUAUGCAGCAGCUUUUAGCCCUCUGCAAGUUGGCAAUGAGAAUCUAGAGGACGGUGUUCCUCUGGAGCAUCUCAUUACCUGCGUUCCCAGCAUCACCGUCGUCACGGCGCAGAAUGGGUUCAAAGUCAUCAAGUGGGUCCACAACAAACCACCUGGGCAAAACUCUGAGCCCUGGUUUCAGCGUUGCAAAAGUCCGGUUGGCAAUCCCCAGCUCAUCCAGUUUAGCAGAGAGAUUAUUGACCUGUUGAAGAGUCAGCCAUCUUGCCUCAUGCCGAUCAGCAAAUUCAUACCUUCAUACCACCAUCACUUUGCUAAGCAAUGCCGAGUCUCUGACUACGGUUUCUCCAAGCUGCUGGAGCUUCUGGAAGCCGUCCCACAUGUCCUACAGAUAAUUGGAAUGGGUACCAAGCGUUUACUGACCCUCACCCACCGAGCACAAGUGAAGCGCUUCACACAAGACCUUCUUAAGCUGCUCAAGUUUCAAGCUAGUAAACAAGUGGCACUCAAGGACUUCAUGCAGGCAUAUCAUUGGUGCUUCUCAAGAGACUGGAGAGUCACAGACUACGGCAUAUGUGACCUGAUGGACCUGCUGGCUGAGAUCCCAGACACUACCAUCACCAUCACUAACCAGACCACCGACACGGUCAUCUCUGUUCCCAAGAGAGAGCGGACCGUGGAGGAAAUGGAGCGAACCAAGCAGUUUGCGAAGGAGGUGGUGGACCUUCUUCGGCAUGAGCCACACAGCCGGAUGCCGUUCAGCAAGUUCAUCCCAACCUACCACCACCACUUUGGCCGGCAGUGCAAGCUCAGCUACUACGGAUUCACCAAGCUCAUGGAGCUCUUCGAGGCAAUCCCAGACAUUCUGACGAUUUUGGAAUGUGGGGAAGAGAAGGUGCUGACUCUAACCGAGGUGGAGCGCAUCAAGGCUCUGGCGGCCCAGCUGGUCAAGCUUCUACGGGCUCAGAAGAACUUCAGUCUUUCUGUCAGCCAGCUGCUCAUAGAGUACAGCAAGACCUUCGGCUAUGGGCUUCGUCUGCAGGACUACGACACGGCUACGCUGCCCGCUCUGCUGGCCAAACUCUGCCAUGUUGUCAAGGUGGUGGACAGACCUGACGGUCGGGAAGUGCAGCUGAUCAACAGGAAGUCUCUGCGCCUGCUGACCACUCAGCUGCUGGCCCUGCUCAUGUCCCAGGAAAACGAUCACAUGACGAAAGGAAUGAAGGUGGAGGAGCUGAGUCACCAUUACCUGAGUGUUCACGGAGCCCAGCUCAAUCCCUGUGAAUACGGCUUUCUGUCUCUGAGCGAGCUGCUGAAGAGCCUGCCCUACCUCGUAGAGCUGUACUUUGAAGAAAGUGGUGGAAAUGUCGAAGAUCGCAGCAGCGGCGGCGGCCAUGGGGUUGAGUGGGUGAGGCUUACCAGACUCUACCAGUUUGCUUGUAACGUUCGGGCGCUGCUCCACACCUACCACUACAACCAGAUCUUCCUGACGGAGUUCCAGGGGGCAUACAGCAAGUUUACCGGCUGCAGCCUAGAACCUCGCUUUUAUGGAUACAUGAGCACUGAUGACCUGCUCAGCGCUAUUCCACAGGUGGUCUGGAUCAAAGGACACGGUCAUAAGAGGAUUAUCGUUUUAAAGAACGAUAUGAAAGCAAAGCCGAGCUCCUCAGGGCCCAGCAGCCCACAGCCAGGAGAAAGCAUGGAGAGUCCCAGGGACAGCCCCAUCAGCAGCACGACGUCAGGAACACAAAGUCCAGGUUGCGAUGCAGAUUCAGAGUUGCUCCGUCUAGCCUCGCCCGUUGACCUGUUGUGUGGUCCUGUGCCAUCCUGCCUGCCGUCACCUCAGCUCCAUCCUGACCCUGUUCUCCUGCAGCAAAUGGACCUGAUUGAUUUUGAGAGAACUCCACCUCCACAGCCACCAACAGAGCUGGAAUCCGUAGAGGCGGCAGCAGCAGAUGGUCCGUCUGAUCCGGCGGAGCAGCGCGGCGGUUCAGACGCUUCACCGUCGCUCCCUGAAGGGAAGAACAUUUUGUCCACGGACAGUCCUGGCAGGAGAGCUUCCCGCAGCAGAUUUAAACUAGCUGCCAACUUCUCCUUCACAGCAGGCCUCUGAUCCACUCAUUUGCUUGCACUUCAACACAAACACACACAGCCGUCAGUGUAACUCUAAAUGGAAGAGUUGACCAGCUCCAAACGGAUCCGUACCUUCCACAUGGCGACAGGCUGUUUCUGUUUCCUCCUCGGCAAGCUUUCGUCACAACGUUUCAUUAAAGUUCACCUAGCUGGUCUUGUUUUUGCAGAUUUUCUGCAAUUCUUUGAUUUGCAAACUGAUGUGCUGUAUCCUAGUUUUCAUCCCAGGAGCAGGCGAUUCUCGGAGGGCGCCCUCGGUUCUGAGCCGUAGUCGACAUGUUGAGGAACUCUGAGUUAUAAAAACUGAGUUAGUUUUCACUGUAUGGUUUUCAGUUUAUAAAACUGCAUUAGGAGUUACCAGUGAAACAUUCAAGGUCCCUUCUUUGCUCCCUGCCAAAAACAGAAACUUUCUUUUUAAAACCUUAGUUUCAACCUUUUGGCGCUUAGUCUUUGGUUGGUUAUAAUGAGCAAUCCAGCUGAAGAGUCGCAGCCUGAUUAAUUAUUUCUGAUUUUUAAAGUAGUUGGCCUCUGUACACUCCCCUGCAAUGUCUCUGCAGUGUGUUUUUCUUAGUUCCUUCUAAGUUUUUGCGGAGUCUGUUCAUCUGUGAAGGAGCUUGGGCCUAAAUGUGACGGUAGAUCCUAAACGACAAAGCCGGUAAUCUGCAGCCAGCAGCUCUGAAUGUUUGUCUUUAAGCUGUGUUUCUGUGCGUGUGUGUGUGUGGUGUACACUGGAGAGGAUGGAAUGAAAUGUGCGAGGUGUGCAUAAUUGAGUUUAUGCAAGGUGUAACCACAGAGUCGGAUGAGGAGAAGACAUUUAGUUUCAGGUCGGUCUUGAUUUUUCUACCGCGGUCUCACCCAGCAGCUGCCUCGUGAAGGUUUGAUGGGUUAACCUUUGCCACUAGUGGGCGCUGAAUCAGAGGUGGCCUAUUUAGAGGACAGCACACAGUCCUAAGUUUUUGAUUUUUAACGGCACAGUGACUAUGUUUUAGAGGAAAGGUGGUGGGGCAGGAGCAGAUGGAUUUCGGACUGUGGGGGGCCCUGAGAAGCCUCCUGCACUCACAGAGGGGGCCCUCCGCUGCUCUCUGGGGUCUGCCGGGCUUUUACAAUGGCUUGUAUUCGCCACGGCGCUGAAACGCGGUGCCAUCGUUCCUCCCUCUCAGGCGGAGUAGUUUUUAACUUGCAGGUGCGCGGUGGUCUCUGAUUUCUCUUCCUUUUCUUUUUCCGUUUCGCCCAUUGGCUGCUGGCUGCCGAAAUAUCUCCAGAUGUCGGCUGCGUGUGUGUGAAGUCUGGCACAAACCGGAUGUAACUGAAGUCGAAGCUGCUGCUUGCUGUAAACCUUUAGGGAUUGGGUCAAAAAGCCCAUGUAGGAAGUUUGUUUGCCUUGAUACUGGGUUUAGUCUGUUUAAAGUCGUUUUUUUUUUUUUUUUUUUUUUUUUUUUUACUCGGUGUUAAUAAGCUCCAUCUUGCACAAAUCAGAAUUUUUAAAAGUGACUCUUGUUGCUCCUUUCUUUUUGCACUGUUUUAGUGACCACCUGAAGGAAUCAUCAGUUCAAAGUAAUUGUUUGAAAUUAAUGACACAAAAGCAGAUUAAACAGAUCGGUGAACGUCUACAAAUAAUUAUUUUCCUCUUUUGUUUGAACUACAGUGACAACUAACUCCAUUUUAAUGAGUCCUCGAUACAGUUGGAUCACCGAGAACCUGCUGUACCUGUUGGAAUAUGCACUUCUGCAUAGUUUUAGUUGCUGAAAUACAUGUUUGAGAAGGGAUUUAAAUGAGUUCAUGUGUUAAAUUUCCUCAUAAGUGUUCUACAAAAGAUUUUAAGGAACUUUAUUUAUUCUACUGUUUCCUUAAAGCUUUAUGUUGCCAUGAGUGUUUUGUUUACCUCAGUGAUUCAUUGUGUCUGCAGUCGUCUGUCCCUUCAAAGUUUUUACUGCCUUGCUGCACCAACACUGUUGCAACAGUCAAAUGAUGUUGAAGUGACCAAAAAGAAUCGAUUAAUAAAAUUCACAAGCAUC